UCGAUCCGUAGUCCACCAAAAGUCAUUAACCAUCACAGCACGCCAUCCUUUUGUAUAGCUCGACCGACCACCGGAAGAAGCUCAAUUGGCUUGUCAAUUGAUCCCUCCGGCCGCCGAUCUCAGUUAAAUAGUCUCUUGAUUGAGAAAAAACUCCCAUCCUCCCACAAACUUCCCAAACCAUCAAUAAUGUCGGCAUCACUUCUGCGAAUUGCGGCCCGGGGCCCGGCUACCGCUUUCCUCCGCGCCCACGCUGUCGCCCGUCCUUCCAUGGCUGCCCGCGCUGCCAUCAUCACCCCGGCUCUUUCUGCGGUCAACUCCAACAACAGCUUCAGCACCUCAGCUCGUCUGCGCGCCGGCCCCCAUGCCGAGGAGACCUUUGAGGAGUUCAGUGCCAGGUACGAGCAGGAGUUUGAGGCUGUCCAGGACGUUUUCGAGCUUCAGCGUAACCUGAACAACGCUUUCGCCUACGAUCUCGUGCCCUCUCCCGAGGUUCUGAAGGCCGCCCUUAAGGCCGCCAGGAGAGUUAACGACUUCGCGACUGCCGUCCGUAUCUUUGAGGGUAUCAAGGCCAAGGUCGAGAACGACGGCCAGUACAAGCAGUACCUGGAGGAGCUCAAGCCCCUGAGGGAGGAGCUGGGCAUCCCGCUCAAGGAGGACCUUUACCCUGAGGGCGAGGAGGCAACACACUAAGCCUUCCUACUGUUAUAUUAGGCGGUUCAACAGGAUACUGAUCUUAGACGUGGGAGGGGUGGGAGAGCUCGACCAUGUGACUCUCCGUGUACAAGUGCACAGCAAAAGGCAGCGGAGCUAGACGUGCCGAGAAAAAUAAUUUGGGGGAAAGAGUCUUUGAGGUCUUUGUGCGAUACCCCCAGGCAACAACCCUCGAACAAAAAAAAAAAAGAGACACAUCGAGAUCCCCACUGGCGCUUGUAGCAACAUGUACAUGUUCACACACACACAACUUUCUAGACAUAUUUCUUUAGAUUCGGUUCUCGCCUUAGCGUCUCCUAAACAUAUCUCAUAUGCAGGCAGGCGAUCAUCUUGAUGCUUCGUGACGCAAGGCUACCGAUACGUUUCCCAUUAUUGAUAAUUAUGUUGGUUAAUGUUAAAUCUAGGUCCCAUGAAAGAAGGAAAAAAAAAUAAUAAUAAUAGGGAUAUGCAAAGUACAAAACCAGAGGUCAGAUGAUAUUUGGAAAUAAUAAU